AUGUCCUCCCAGGAGUGCGGAUGCGACCCAAUCCCGAAGGCCGGAGAAGGGGGAGGGAGUAUCCGCUCCAUCGGUCAGCACCUGCCUCCCUGCCUCCCUGCUUCAGCCGCUUGGCCCACCUCUGGCCUGGAGUUGGCCAGAUUGAAGCUCCUCACUCCUCUGGGGUUUUCUAGCCGAGGCCCUGGGGCAAACCCUCCCCCAUUUCAUCAGCGAAAGGGGGAUGAACACAGCACCGCCUCUGGUCAUUGCGCAGGUUUCAGGGGGUGGUGCUCCAGAGAGCAUCCGAGAGAGGACCAGAGGCAGGAGCCAUUGCGUCACUGUGUGCACAGGUGGAGGAGCAGCAACCAGGCAUUGUCCUGGGUCAGAGCCAAGGAUGGGGACAGACAAGUAAAAGGGAUCGUGGAAGAGUGCGUGGCCCUGGCUGGAUUUAGAAUGGCAGAGCCGUCAGAGUUUUGA